AAUAUGGAGACCAAUGCAAAUCAAAAGGUGACCUGCGUAGCGAACUACGCAUACGAGGCGUCUGAGCCGGACGAGCUGACGAUCCGGCCCGGCGAGGUGCUGCGCGACGUGGAGCGGCUGCCGGGCGGCUGGUGGCGCGGCGAGCUGCGUGGCCGCCGGGGCAUGUUCCCCGACAACUUCGUGUCCGUCACCACGGACCAGAAUAAUGCCAGCAGCACUGGCGCGUCGGGGCGGUGCCGGGCGGUGUUCAGCUACCAGCCUGCGAACCCCGACGAGCUGCCGCUCUGCGUUGGCGACGUGCUAGAUGUACUCGGGGAGGUGGAAGAAGGCUGGUGGCAAGGGCGCCGGCAGGGCCGCGUGGGCGUGUUUCCGUCCAACUUCGUCGUGAUGCUGGACUCACCACAACCACCGCCGUACGAGACCACCGCCUUCGAGCCCGCGCCUGCUCUCCCGCCCAAACCUGUUAAGGAGCUAUGUCGCGUCCUAUUCCCCUACACUGCGGUGAACGAGGACGAACUGACGCUGGCCGAAGGCGACAUCGUGACAAUAGUGUCCAAAGAGGCGCCCGAUCGCGGCUGGUGGCGCGGCGAGCUACACGGCCGCGUCGGCCUCUUCCCGGACAACUUCGUACAACUGCUGCCCCCUGUUACACAUGACACUAUGGAAGAAAAGAAACCGGACCGGCCGCCCAGCAAGAACUCGAUAUACCCCGUAUUAAACAAGUACUCCGAAAAAACCGCCUCUGUCAAAGAACUGACCACCUCUAAAAUAAGUACGCACAAAGAAAAUACAUUAAGCAAGGAGAACAACACUACAAGUACAGUCACGCACACAAACAAAAGCGAAUCCGAGAAGCUGAUACACAGCGAGACUAUCACGGACGGGUCGCCAGACUCACAGGGAAAGAAACCUCCAGUGCCAUUGAAAAAGAGCCCAACGCCGACGUCCGGCGUCACCGGCCUGUUCAGCGGGCUAAAGAACAAGAUGCUGUCCACGGACAAAGAUAAAGAGAAGUCAUCAACGAUAGUUUCCUCGGGCAGUAGCAGUGGCGGCGAGUGGGAUCGGCCCGACGGCGGCGGCGCCAGCAAGGCUGCCAACAACAACAACACCUUCGACCACGUCGAGAGGAACUCUAUACUCAACGACCCGCGCGCCGGCCGGGUGAAAGCGCCGCGGCGCCGGCCCCCCAGUCAAGCGUUGCGGGACGACACUCCACAACAAAUCGGAUUAAGUAAUGGACACGAAGUUCCAGGUGAAAAACCAGCUGCUGGUGAAAAGCCGGAAGAGAUCAAACCGCGCGCGCGCGAGUGGGAGAAGCACCGCGCGCCGUGGAUGGAGGAGCUGAAGCUCAACCAGGCCAAGAAGACCAGCUUCGACGGCAAGACCGGCAAGGGCAUGGGCAGCACUGACAGAAUUUUGGAAGUUGGUCUAGAGGAGAAGAGAUCGUCACACUCGAUGGAAAUGUCAAAGAGCACGUCAUCUAUUAGCAGCAGAAUGUCCGUUCUCGAAAGUUUUGAAGAGACGAAAACGCGGCACUCGACGGAUAACAAGACGACUGCGCCGAAAGAUCCCGAGCCCGCCGCGAGGCCUGUUCAUUCGCCUACCGCUGCAGGGCGCACGUUGCUGGCCAUGCUGGACGACAUCAAGAAGCCGCCGGGGCCGCCGGCCGCGAGCGCGCGCAGCAACCACGAACCCGAUAACAAGAAUGCCAAGAUCGAUAUCCAAAAAACAACCAUUACGUCAGAGAAGAACGAAGUGAGCAGUUCUAAAUCGGGCGUGUUCGAGAAAAGCACCGUCGAGCGGUUAGAGAAGACCGAGGAAAAGGAAAAGGCCGAGAAACCGGCCGUUCUGGAGAAGGCGACGACAUUGGAGAGGCGGCAACGAGAACGGAGCGAUUCCGUUGAGACGCUUGUCGCGCAACUUAACAAUAGGAUAUCAAAUCUGGAGAAGCUACUAGAAGUACAAAACGCAAAGUUCAACGCGGCCAUCGAGGAGCUCACGAGCAAGCUGGCGGCCGAGACGGAGAGGCGCGUGGCGCUGCAGGCCGAGCUGCACAAGCUGGCGCACUGCGUCACGCAGGUGUAGCCGCCCGAGUGAGUGCCACUAACCACACUCUGUACUGCAACUGUUGGUGUAACCACUGUUUUUCCAUACGAUGUGAUCCUUGGCGCGUCAAAUGAUGAUCGAGUGAUGAACAGUCGAGUUCACAAACUCCUUUACAAACCAACAUACCAAACCCUAAAGCACAAUUUGCCUUGUCGCGCGCGAGUCGAUACAUAAAGCGCGACUUCAAGUAUGGACUAGCGCGCGACAAGGCAAGUUGUGCUAGAGGGUCAAAUAUUUAACUAUACACGACCUUAUUGUCAUUUAUCAUAGAAACGUGUAAUAUAUGUAAAGAUGUUUGAGUACUCGACCGUACCUACAACUGUUGGCGUAACCGCUGUUUUUACAUACAAUGUGAUACUUGGCGCGUCGAAUGAUAAUCGAGUAAUAUGAUAGUUAAUUUUUUUAUGAAAUAACCUGGUCAUAACAUCAAUAUCAAAUGUUUUUCAGACCCUUCUUUUGAUUUGUAACACAUUAAUUUAUUUAGAAAUGCAAUGCAAUUAAGUAUUGAAAUAUGUUAAAAAUAUACGUAUUUUAUUCUAUUUUUUUUUGGAAUAAGUCUAUCUUAAAAAGUCUUGGAGGAGCUGUCAUGAUCACAUCAUUUUACACGUCAGGUAUAAGUAUGGAUAGACAUGAUAUAGCCCUAUGUUGAUAGCACUGUAUAUAACGCGCCGAAUCUGAAUAAAAAAACACACCAAUUAAACAGAUAAAAUUUUUAGCAACUUUCAGAAGAGUUUAAGGUCCCGUUCAGACGCCGUGCGUUGUAUGAAACUGUGAGUAAAUAAGUGUUCUAGAGAAUGUUCAGCAUACAUCCUCUGUAGUUAGCGAAAUCAACCUAGCUAUGAUGUAAGUAGGUAUAGUCUAUUUUAUACCCUUUGGUGUGCUUCCUUUUGAGACAAGAUUUAGCUAUGGAGUGCGAAACGCUUCUAUUGGCAAAGUGAUUUUAAAAAAAGUUAAUUGGAAUUUAUUUAUGAUUCAUCCACAUUUGAUUUCUUUUUGAAUCGAAAUGUAAUGUUAGUUAACUUAUAUGUUAACGCGAGUAAAACUCACAACACAGUGCGUAAACAUGGAAUGGAUUUACUAAUAAUAACUAUUGCAGAGAAUUGCCUUCUUUAUUGUUUUUUCCGUGGAAGAGUUAAAAACGGAAACACGCCUAAGUAAUAUUGAAUAGACUAUAAUCGCGUUUAUUUAACGUCGCCUCUAUUCGUCGUGGUUAUUUCUUAUGAUAUUUCUAAUAAUGUAAUGGAAAGCUUUAUUCGAUUUAGUGACGCGGUCGGAUGUAUGCGUUGUAAUGUAACUCUUGUAUACUGAAAUUUUAUAAUGUGAUGCAUGUUUCAAUUUAUUAUUAUAGCGAAAGUGAUUUUUGUGAAAGUACUUAGGUGUGCCAUGGCUGAGUGUAAGUCGAAAUUUGAAACACCGAUAAUAAUAAAAAUAUAUUAAUGACAAAAUCGUACCUUAACAAUUGUUCAUGAGUGAUCUAGUUAUAUUUUGUAUUAAAAGAAAAUUUUCAAGAUUUUUUUUAUAAUCCUUAGUCACGUAGAAAUAUAUCGGAUCAUGCAUAAAUAGAUUUUGUGGUAUGAUAUUUGUCUGCUUGAAAAACAAUUACUGUACAAUUUGAUUAAGAGGUACUGCCUAACGAAGCAAAUGUGACAGUAAAUGUCGUAGAUUAAGUAUAACUUGCUAUGUAUGAUUACAAAAUUUGUGCCAUUUUCUGAUCACGCACAGUCCCGCAGGCGAGAGUAUAUUUACGUAAUUUUGUGAUGUUUGCAACCCAAGUUAUGUGAUUCGCACAUUCCAGUAAAACGUUGAAAUUAUGUUAUAUGCGUAAAACAAUAGGAGAUAUUGAACCAAAGUUUCAUUUGAACUAGUAUGUCGUAUAAUAAAUUACAUUAUGUAUUGAGAGCCAUAUAGUUAAUAUAUUUUUCUAUAUGUACAGAAAUGAUUUAAAUGUUAACUUUUUGUAUCGUAUGAUGUACCUUUUGUAAACAUAUCUGAAUCAUUUAUUUGACAUAAUAUUAUUGUAAGGAAAUUAUUAUUCAUUAUAGUAUAGGCAUAAUUUGUGGUAUCUAUUAAAAGAUUGACUAUGAUGCCAUUUUAUACAAGGUGAAGAGUUCAAAAGAAUCAGUAUGGGCAACUUUAAAACCGAGCACAAUGUCACGAUGGCACCCAUCAAGUAAAAUAAAAUAAAAAUACAACUGAUGACAGAAUUUCCUAUACCGAUUCUUUUAAAUUUCUGAUCCAAGUUUUUAUAAAUGAUUAUGGGCAAUAUACCGAUUGCUAAUAAAUAAAACUGGUUAAUUCCGUGCUUGAAACGUGUAAUGUAUAAAAAGCAAAUGUGAGAUAAUAUCCUUUACAUGCUUAUAUUGCUUAUAGUAUACUAUUGUAAUUAUGUUGUGACUGCUUGUCUGGUUGUGUUGUACCAUCCAAUAUGUUUUAUAAAAUAUAUAAAGAAUUUGAUCAUAAUAAAUUAUUUUAGUAUAUAAUAAUAUAUAUGUAUAGAACGCGAUGCUAUAACGUUGAGGGAUGACACUUAGUAUUAGUGGUAGCAUUAGGUUACGAUGUGAUAGACGUUGCCUAACUUACCGUACAUUCUAAAUUUAUUUAAAAUUGCUUUAAUCAUGCACAAAUUAAGGUCACACAUAAUAUUAAUAAAUACUGAAUUAGGGCUUUGCUAAAUACGUAUAUUUUUUUAUUUACAAUUGAAUUGGAUAUUAACUUCCUUUUAUUUUGUGUUAUUUUUAUAUGGCCUGAUAUAAUGCCGAACAUAGAGCUAUUUCUAACACUAUGCAACACUUAAAUUUAAUUAAAGUGAACAUAAAUAUCAAUUACAAGUUUUAUAGUAUAACCAGUUGCCAACCCUUAAGUUGUUAAAUGAAUAUCGAGGAAUAAUUUAUUGAGACAGCUUAUUGUUCUUUUGCAUUUGUAAAAGGGGGUGGGCGCCCUAGUAUAAGUUCAUAAGACCUACAUAUUCAUGCCUAGAGUCAUGGACUGUGACUACAAUAGUUGUAAAUAUCAUAUAGUUUCAGGCAAGCACGAUGAAGAGUAAAUUAAAGGCAUACUAUUAAUAUUUUUGAAGGCCUUAGGAUCUGUGAUUACAA